CAUUCGCGAGUGAAGAUACUAACAAAAAUCAACGACCCACAGACUGGCGUGCCUGUUGAGAAGCCUGAGGAAUCCAAAAUAUCGGAGCCAGAAGCUAACACCGAUCAUGCCUUCGUCUUGAAGAAGACAAUAGAAGACAAGUCUUCCAGUGCGGAAGACAGUUCUGAGAUAGAUAUCAUCAGUAUAGACUUGUGGGAACUGUUGAGGGAACAUCUGAAAGAUUACCCCUACCACAUCUUUCAAGAUUCACCUGUCACGCUCUAUUCUCCUUAUGAGGCUAUUGUCUCCAGGUGGGACGUCCUCCAGGCAGCAUCGACCGAAGUUGGAACGAAUACACAAGCUAGAGAGGAUUUGAAGCUUCUCCUAGACACCAUAUCGGGCGGAUCAUCCGGAGACCCCAGACUGGACAAAUACUUCAAAGUGCGGGAUACGUAUACAAAGGAGAAGGCAAUCAAGUUUGAGGACUUGUGGACGAUAUUCCCACCAGGGACCUUGGUUUUUGGAAAACCUUUCCAGAACGAACCCCAAGUGUUCAUCGUCCAGGACAGCACGAGAGCCUGGCCAGAUAAACUCGCCUACCCACAGAGACUUGCAUCGUGGCAGCUAAACUGUUGGACAUACGACUGGACGGGCUCUAAAUUCCAACGAACCCCGUUUGUGAUUGUGUUUGAACCGUACGAAGGUUUGAAACCCAUUAUAGCGUUGCCCUACUACCCCUUCGAGCGCCACCUUGAACGCAACACUAUUGAGAAGCAGCUGGUUGCCCGGGGUAAAGAAUUCUACCGGCUGUGCACUGCUAAUGAAGCAUCCCGUCUAUUCAUCUACCGGGGUAACUCGAUAUUUGGGAAGAAGGGCUUCAGUGGAAUGAUACAAGCUGACGAUGAUGAUGAUCGCUCAUCCCGGACGCUGACGUGGGACCAUGACUUUCACGCACGACAGAAUUCGCCAGCGAGACAGUCUCAAACCUCUACUAAAAACUCGUCAUAUGUAGACAGUAGGGUUAUGGUUGACUAUCUAUCCUACUUCCAAUACGGGCCCCCGACGGCAAAUAAUGGAGUACUCGAACCAAGCGAAAUGAAUCCGGAUUGUGCCUGCAGUAAUUGUCAGGACAAUGAGGGCCUGGCAAUGCGAUACAGAGCUCGUUUCGACACUGAUCGGGCACAGAAGAACUGGGAGGAUGAGCAAUAUCUACUUUGUCCGCCCCGCGUAUUGGGAUACAUCCUUAAGGAGAAGCAAUGGGCGCAGCUUCAAGUUAACCUUAUCCAGGACAUUCCAGACAAAGGUGAUCCGGAUGAUGCCUGGAAUUCACGCCUGCGACUUGCGGACGGAGACAGGACCAAAAACAUGCUUUUGGACCUUGUAAGCAGUCACAUUUCGUCGUCGAAGACGGGGGAGGCGAGCGAACGGGGUCUGGAAGUUGACGACAUUAUACCUGGGAAAGGUAAAGGUCUUGUCAUUCUCCUCUAUGGCCCGCCUGGUGUCGGUAAAACGUCAACGGCAGAAACGAUCGCGGUUGCAGCAAAGAAGCCGUUAUUCUCCAUUAGCGUGGCCGACGUUGGUACCAAAGCCAAGAACGUCGAAUCCAACCUAUCCAGGAUCUUCGCUUUAGCCACAUCUUGGCACGCUAUCUUGCUCAUUGAUGAGGCUGAUGUCUUCCUCGAGAGCCGAGGGAGAGGGUCUGGUACAUCAUCUACAGACAAGAACGCGCUGGUUUCAGUCUUCCUUAGAGUCCUCGAGUACUACCAAGGCAUCAUGUUCCUGACAACGAAUCAGAUUGCCCAGUUUGACGUUGCCAUUCCGUCGCGGAUUCACUUUGCCGUCCAAUACGAGAGCCUGAAGACAGCGCAAAUGGAACAGAUCUUCAAGGGGUUUCUCAAACCCCUUGAUGACAAGGGCCUGGUAGACGACUACGAAGAGAUAUUGGACUGGCUCGAGGAGGACGUGUACAAUAUCCAAUUUGACGGGCGAAAGAUCCGUAAUAUCGUCACAACAGCCCUAGGGCUAGCCCGUGCCGAAACAAAGAGGGGACAGGGUAAAGGCAAACUGGGAAAGAAGCAUCUGAAGGCCGCUGUUCAGAACGCGCGCUCAUUCAAGGCCGAAUCAUUUAGGCAGUACGAACGAUAUAAGAACUCACAGGAUGAAAUGAUCAAAUAG